GGCACUUGCAGGUCUGGUUCUCGAUUCUCGAUUCUCGAUUCUCCAUCGGAUUCAAAGCUCAGUUAUGCUUCGAUUGCUCGUUUGUUUGUGGCUACUGGUGCACAGGGGUUCCAGCUAUGAGGUGCAAAAUAAACCCGUCACCGAAGAUUGCCUAGACUGUCUGUGCGAAACAAUGAGUGGCUGCAAUGCAUCCGCAAUUUGCGUAAAUGGGGCCUGCGGUAUAUUCCGGAUCACUUGGGGCUACUGGGUGGAGGCGGGCAAACUAACUUUGCCCACAGAUACAGCUCUUUCCGAAGACGCCUUUACGAACUGCGUGAAUCAGCCCCACUGUGCAGCCAACACGGUUCAGAAUUAUAUGUUCAAGCAUGGUCAGGAUUGCAACCGAGAUGACCACAUCGAUUGCCUGGAUUUUGGAGCACUCCACAAACUGGGCAAUUUGAAGUGCCAGGAAGAGUUGCCCUACAUCUACGCCAAGGUCUUCAAUCGAUGUCUGAAAUCCAAGGACCGAUUGGUCGAGGAAAAUAUCAUCAAAGAGCAGGAAAGGGUUUCAACAUAAUUGAUUCUUUAUUGGGUUUCUUCGUUCCCCACUUUUCGGGGAUUUAUCUUUGUCUGUUUUUAAAACAAUCCUUGGUAACACAUAUACACGUACAUACAUCGAAACAUUGCUUAUGUUUGCGUCUGAACAGUUUCCAAUAUAGGUAUGGAUUCUAUAGAUUUAGUUACAGAUACAGAUAUAUAUAAUAUAUAUAGAGGGGUAUAUGAAAACUACUUUAAUAUGCUCUCGCUUUUUGUAAUUUGUUAGUCAACAUGUUAACAUACUGGUAGUACAUAGUUAUUAAUAUAUUCAGAUUCUGGCUUACGUUUGCUAAAGCUUGGCUCUAACA